AUCUUAUCUGAUAAGAAUGCUCCUCUUCUUUAAUUUUGUCCAUCGUGGGAAAAAGCAAUAAUGGCAGCGUCCACCGCCCUAUUCAUCGCCGGUGCUGGUGCUGGGAGUCAUUUCUCCGGUGAGUUCCAGCUACUGGGUCGCUUUGAACCUGGAUUCUCUCAAAGGCACGGAAGGCAAACUGGGUGGUUAUGGCUUAAUGAGCAACAGUUACCGCACUGCAAUCGGCUGUGCCAAAUACCCAGAGCCAAAAAAUUGAAAUUAAAGCUCAGUUUCGCUCUUCGCAAAGACUCUGACGAUAACUUUCUCUCGAAUGUAGAAGAUACCGAUGAAAUGUUCGAUGACUUGUUUAACAAACAUGGGAAGGUGGUAUUUAGGAGAAAUGACCAGAAGCCUCCCAGUGCAGAGGUUGAUGAUGAUGCUGAAAGUUUGUCGUUUGCGGUGGCAAUGGCCAAGGUUGCGAGUGAGGUUAAAGCUGCAGAUAUUAGGGUACUUUUUGUGAAGCCGCUCGUGUAUUGGACUCGGUUCUUUAUCAUUGCAACAGCAUUUUCACGCCCUCAGAUUGAUGCUAUUGCGUCAAAAAUAAGGGAUCUUGCUGAGAAGAAAUAUGGAAAAGUUCCAUCAGGGGACACAAAACCUAACUCAUGGACGCUGUUGGAUUUUGGUGAUGUAGUAAUCCAUGUAUUUCUUCCGCAGCAGAGAGCUUUCUAUAACUUGGAAGAAUUCUAUGGCAAUGCAACACCCAUUGAACUCCCUUUUGAGAACCAACCUCCUUUUCGCAGUUAAAGCUGACUUUGAGGAUCUAAGAACCCUUAGCUGAUAGCGAACCUAUCAUGAUAACUGGAAGGCUACAACGCAAUUUCAACCCUGCUGCUUGACAGAGGCCUGGCAAUGUCAACCGCGGACAUGACGGUCUUCUUUCGAGAGAUGCGAGCAUUGAUUAUUCUAUGAAGCAGGAGUAGCACUAGCAUCGGUAUCUAUUAAAAUGUAGCUUGGCUUCCAUAGUCGCAUGGUUUACUCCAAACAGUUGGUGGAUCGCAUAUGCGUCUUAGCCACGCACCAUCUUGGUAUUAAGUCUUGAACGUGUUGCUUUGUCUGAAAACAUUGCUUUGGCCUCCUCAGAGGUUUCAUUGUUAAAAACAGUUGUGAACCUUCGUCAAACUUCUCAUUUCACAAGUUUAAAUAACCAAGAGUAAGACUUCACUAUUCUGUUUAGAA